AUGGAUCAACCACAAGACGCGCCCGAGGUGGAUGAGGACGAGGUACAGGAUGAACAAGAGUCUCAGCUACCGCUCUCUGAAGACGAGCAACAGGUUUUAGAGCUAUACGACCAACUGCAGCAGUUGCGGCUGGAGAUAGCAAUCAUCAAUGCGCAAUCUGCUCGACGACUAGUCCCAGAGCUGUCGUCUUCCGCCACCAAUGUUUCCCCCGAGACGCAGAAGGAACUUCUCGACGCCAGAGCAAACUUUAGGCUGCGCAAUGAUGCCGUCGAAUCAGUCAUGACAGUAAACCCCAUUCUAAAGGCUGUUCAUCACGGUACCAACGCCUCGCCGGCGGAGCGGGAUCUUUUACCGUACAUUGAACAACGCGAGCAGUCCGCAAACUCUGUCAUGAAACACGCCACAGAUGUGGGCUUCAUUCGCAAUGACCUCACAGAAGUUCAGGGCGACGCCUCUCGCGCCAUCCGGAAGAACGUUGAGCUGACGUCGGCAUUAUUGAAACUUGCCGAAGAGGUCAAACAAAAACAAGCAGCCCGUCUGGAUGACGAUGAGAUCCAGACCGAAAUUCGACAGCUGGAAGCCGACAUGAAGUUGAGCAGGCAGCGAUGGAGGGUGAUUAAAGGCGUCGCAAGCGGCGUAGUAGCAGGGAGCGGCGUUGACUGGUCCAGAGACGCAACUCUGAGAGAGGUCGUGUUGGAUCUAGACGGGGACGACUGA